ACUAGCAUUCUAAUGAUGGAUCCCGUUGUAAAGCCGAAGUCCUUACCAGCUGAAAAGAUUCCCACAGUAGCAUACAACGAGCAAACCCUAACCACAAUGGACACUGCAACAAAAGUAACGAAUUCAUUACUUUCGUCCGUCAAUCCGACUCCAGUACCCUGUGGUCAGUGCAGUACGGUUCAGUCAUCGACCAACUCAGCUAUGCACGUGGCACACCUAGCACAAUCCGGUCACGUGAUUCUGAGUGGAUCAAAGCCUACACAUGCCAUUGUCCAUGGAACCGGUCUACCGGCGUUAGUGGAUCCUAUACAUCUUCGGGCAUUAACACCAACUCCAGGUGUGAUGGCAGCAGCUGGUCUUAGGGAAGUGCAAACUUUACCCAGGUCAUCAGACCAUGCGGUACAUGGCCUGGGUACUCGUUACAGACCUAUUCUACUGGCUAACAGCCAGGGUACAUUAACUCGUCUACCAUCGGCCCAUAUUGGGCAGACAUAUCAAAUGAUUGCCUAUCCUAAUCAAUUAAAUCCCACAUCUGGACAAUCAGCGCAGAAAAGUGCAGCAACGGGAAACACUACGCCCGGAGCGGCAGUAAUGCUUGCUGGCCUUCUGGCCCCCGAGGGUGCAUCGAUUGAAUCCGGCAAUGCUACACGUAUAGCACAACUUCUUUCGCCAGCCGGGGUGUCUUCUCCUGGUAUGGCAAACACACAGCUGUUGAUGUAUUAUCCGCAGUCCAAUGUGAACACUGCCACCUCGGGUAAGCAAACCACGGGAUCCGGAGAAGAACAAGGCUCACAUCCACAACAAACUGUUUAUUAUGCUGUGGCUACUGGUGACUUGGUACGUCAACUCCAAGCCCAUCAAGCAAAUGUUCACGAGCAUGCUCAGCUGUCAAGAGCACAACUACUCCAAACUCCUUCCGGGCUCGUUUUGCUCCAGCCAAACGUCUCCCUUCAGUCUGCAAUGUCUUGUUCGUUUAAAAUGUCCACUCAGCCUCCCAAGUCUCUACCAACUGAAUCCUCAACAUUACCCAGGCAAUCACGGUCCGAAGGUGGACAGGCGUCUGGCGGAUUAAUCUGUACCUGUCCACCAGAAGUACAUCAAGCCACUGCAAUUGUGCGCUGCUGUACUGAUCUGGGUUGGUUAGCCGGCGCCUUGCAACUACUGUUCGAUGGCGUGCUCUACCGUCAAAUUGACGGCGUUGCUAUGGGCUCACCACUGGGACCAAUGCUAGCCGACAUUUUCAUGAGUAAACUUGAAAAUGGUCCCUUAAAGGCUAACAUUGAGAAUAUGCAACACUACUGCCGAUAUGUUGACGACGUCGUCGCUGUUGUUAACAACAAAGACGAAUUGGAGUCACUCCAACAAGAGUUCAACAAGGCCCACACUGCCAUUCAAUUCACCUCGGAGGGAGAAACAGACAACUUUUUCCACUUCCUAGAUGUUGGCCUUGAACGACGUCACGAUGAUUUCACAUACGUUACUCGUUUACUUCAUUUGCUGGGACAAUUCCGUGCUCGUAUUUCACCCAUUGUGCUCUACAACACCCUUAUGUCCGAUUUUGUCCCUGUAUUCCCCUUCUUCGGACAAUACAAAGCCAUAUCUGAACAACAAAGGAGGCAAAAACAACAACAGCAGCAGCAGCCCCAACCACAACAACGACUGCAUUCUCAUGAUCGUCCACCGGUGACCGGACCAAAGUCUUCGGAAGUUCCCGUUGCAAGUGAACUGAAAUCCGGUGCAAAAAUUGCACACAAACCCACUGAGAACGGUGGUAUUACGCGUCCUGCUGAGGAUUCCAGUAGACCGAUUGGUGCACGACACUCCCCACUGCUUGUGACUGAGAGAUCUGGAGACACGUGCUGUCCUACAUCAAACGUCAAUCAUUCCGAAGCCCCUCCAGUCGACACGUCCCAGGAAGAUAAGGCGGAGAAAGAGGCACAUGUAAACUAUUUGGUCACGUUGUUCCAGGCACUCAAAGCAUCUGGAGUGCAACCAGAAUCUUUCGUUGCCGCCUUCAAACGAACGGAAUUACCUGUUCCCAUCCAAGGAGACAAAAUCAAACAGCUGAUACUGAAAAAUAAAGCGGAGCUGGAGGACUGCAGACGCUCAAUUAUCAGUUUACGACAACUCCACGGUCGGUUUCAACGUGAAGUUUCCGAAGAGCUUAACACCUGUCGUGAACAGACUGUGCGUCUCCUUAAAGAGUACAAGACACAAUUGAGUUGCUACUCCGACCCUACCCUUCGCUCUAUAAGGACAGACCGAGCAUCGUUGGAUCGCAUGCUUACUGAACUUCGUGAGGCUCGGACAAGUCUUGGCGAGCAACUUCACGAUUUGGAAUGUGUUAUUGAACAAACCGGCAAUGACGUCCUGCAACAUCGUUGCCGAAUCACACUUCCAUAUGUACAGACAUUAGACGUACGGCUGGAUUCAAUCAGUCGAGCUGUGGGUUCCACAUCUGACUUCCGUUUUCUUAGGCAGCCUCAGGGAGGAAGACGUUCCUGUGCUUGUGGUAUUCAACACUGCCUGGCUAAGGUUUUAGAUGAGCAACUGCAUCAGUUAGAAGAUAUGGGUGAAAAGUGCAAGAGGAUCAAAGGAACUAUUCUCACACUCCGUCGCUUGGCCAUCGUUAACGGACAGAACCGCCAGCAAGCCAGUUCUCCGCGUAGAUUUGCUCAUCUAGGUGGCGUGAUGAAUCGAGCGGCAGCUGAUCCAAACAGCCUCGAGCGCACACGGCUAUACGCGGCAAUUAAGGCAAUCCAACCUAACUCUGAACGCCGAAUGCAGGCGAUUCAGCGCCAAGAAACUUUGUCCAAACAAAGGAAACGUGUCCUCGCUCUUGAAGGCAAUAGAGAGAUGUGUACAGCCAUUGAGGUCCUUCCAACGGUAGUCAAAACUCCGUUUCUACCCGACAAUUCACGACAAGUUGGAAGUAGUGGCAAGCAAUUGCCCUCAAGUAAAACGGGAACGCUUGAAGCGAAAGCUAAACCAACCGAAAAUUAUGCCAUCCUGCCGGUUCCCCGAUCAGUGGCUGCUUUGAUAAAGGAAGAAAAGAGAGCUCCAUUGGCAGUCUAUUCUGACGAUUCCCUAAGUUCGAAUACAACGGUCAGCAGUACAGUGGACAACGCUAAUCUCGAGAACAUAAAAACUGCGAAGGCUAACACCAGCUUUAAUCCAGGCAACGUUAUAUGCAUGAUCGAUGAUACAAGUGACAGUACCUUGGAAAAUCAACCUUUACCAGUUCCAGCUGGUAUCCUCAAAGCUUCUGUUCAAGCCAUCUCAGGAACCACAACCUCACUGAAACCAAUCAACCGACCUUCGGUAAAAGGUAGCCGAGGCGUUAUGUUUAGCACGACUGUAACCGUCGAUGAUGGUUCUGAAGUGGUCCGUCUCAACUGUACACUGGAUGAAUCAGAACUGGGAAAGAACAAGGUUCCACCGACAGAAAAACAAACUUCCAGUACGAAUAAGUUGGUUUCAGCAGCCGAUAAAUUCUUGCGCACAAAAUCUCCAUACGACCGGAUACUUGGUUCAACGAAAUUCUCCAGCAGGCAGUCAAAUACUCGCGUUCCAGGGUUCUCUGCAUCCUCAGAUCCACGGAGUAAAAUGACAUCUUCAGAAGAGCCUUUAAAUGAAAAACCAAGUACCAAUGAAAUUAGCACUCCUGAAGAAAACGACCUCGAACCGACCGAAGAGGUUGCCGGUAUUCCUGCUCCACCACCGCGACGAAGUAGUCAGAUAACAAGCAGCUCGGGAGAGGCAGCUGGCUACCUGUGUGCACCAGCUUCUGUCGGUCAAGCAAAGAGGACGAGUGAUGAUAAUGAAACUCCGAUUACUAACCAGUCACCGAACUCAGCGAAACGGGGCCUUCCGCUUCCGAUUUCUACCGACGUCAAUGAGGUGUUGACAAGUCCGAGCGAAUGAUUACCGGGCGUCCUUAUCGUAUUCAAUGUAGGCCACAACGCCAGGCUCACAACAGUGGUUUGUGGCAAUCAUCGACACACACACAGUAUGCUCUAACGGCAUCAAUCAAUUGACGGUGAAUCCAGUUUGAGCUCCAAAAGAGAAAGACGUCUUCCGGAAAUUUUCACCGACUGGCUGUUGUUUUAGAUCCCUUCUUCCUAUUCAUUCUUCGAAGCAUAGAUGCAACCAUAAACUUCUUCUCUCAAGCACUGUAAACUGUGUGGCUACGUCUGUAUGCUCAAAGUUCAGUUGACUGUUGAUGGAUUAUUGCCAUCAAUAACAAAUUAUUGAUCACAACAAGAAACUAGAUCAUUUGGUUGCGAGAGGAAGGAAAAUCCUUCAUAUGUAUAAAAUGAC